AUGGCAGCAGCGGGAGGUGCGGCGAGCAUCAUCACCCAGGUACAGCAGACCGGUCCGGCUCCCAUAAACACGGCGCUGGGAGGAGGUAUGUAUUCCUAUGGCGGAGAUGUUGUGAAGUCAGCUGACAUGGAAUAGGCUCAGAGGAGAACAUCACACUCGAACUUCGGUUUGUUGAUUGGCAUCUGAUAAGAGUCGAAUCAUCUUCUAACCCAUUGACACAGCGGCACACGGUUCACGCUCUCGCGAGAUGAACUGCUCACCCUUCCCGAAUUCUGUCUCUUGUCGUUGUUCCCCAAUGGCUUACUCCCAGACGGUCACAUGAACAGCUACUCGUCAGAGGGCGACGUCUACCCAGUCGACGUAAGAAACACCCGCCAAUCCCGCAUGCUCACCCAGGCGAGACCCAACUCCCCAGCAACCAUCACUGAAAUUUACAACAUCAUCUCCAACACAGAUGUAUAUUUAUCUGACAUUCUUUAUCCUUCACAGUACGAUCCCCUAUCCUUGCAAUACAUGCUCGAGUUCUUCCGCAAUGUUGCCCAAACCAUCCCCCAAGCAUCCGAAGAACAAUCCCAAAACGACCCCCUCGCGCCUUCGACCAUGCCGAUCGAACCCAUGCAAGGCAACGCCCGGGACAUGCUCCAAGACCGCGCUGGAAUCAUUGUCCUUCGAGAGGACCUGGACUUCUACGCGAUUCCGCCACGCAAAGAAAUCCAGCACAACGAGAUGAUCGAGAUUAAGCGCGCAGCAAGCAGGGCCCUGCUCAGACAAGAUGGCAUCUUCUCCGGUCUUAGGAAGAGCGAGGAACCUGGCACUACCGAGCAACAUCUUAUUGAGAUGCUGACUGCAGGGUAAGAUAUGCCUUCCCCAGCUCCUGUCUGACCUUCGCAGUACUGAUUUGCGCAGCGGCUUCAACCACGACGACACCUGGGGACACCGCGCGGCUGAACCGCAGAAAGCCGUGAUCUGCUCUAUUGCUUUGGCGCGCCUGAGAACAGACAUUAGAGGUGACACCGCAAAUGCUGCCAAUGCAGUUGGCAUGGCACAGAAACUGCUCCUCUUCUGGCGCAAACCAGCCAGAAGAUGUUGGUGGGAGGGCGUCGAGUUGGAGAAUGUCGAGGGAGUCGAGGGAACGCUAAAAGUCUGGAUACGACGGGUUUGGACUUUGGAGAUGGUGAGUUUUCUCAUUUCUGUCUUUUCAGUGCAGCAAGAGAGCAGCCGAGCAGCAGCAGAGCAGCCGAGUAGAGCGGGACUUGGAGGAAGAGCAGGGCAGGACUUGGAGGAGCAGAGCAGCGUAGAUCAGAGCGCCACAGUGCUCGAGCGAUUUUGUCGGGUAAUCUAGGCUGACGCCGUGAGGCAGAGCGUGAUAGGAUUGCGCUAG